AUGCUGAUCCUCAACCUUCUCCUCGUGGCCCUCGCACGCCCCGGCGCAAGCUUGGUGGUCCAGCGUCAAAACGACACCCCGCCGGAGAGCCAGCGAGAGCGCCGACGUGCAAGUCCUGAAGCCCUGGAUCCUCCCCUCGCAAACGACUUCAUCAAUGACCCGGACAAGCACUACGAGACCCCCGAGGAGGACCCGGCCAGGGAUGUACCCUUUACCUUGGCCGACUUUGACGACAGCGAGUGGGACGAGGUCAAUGUGCCGCAUGACUGGGCCAUUCAGGGCCCUUUUACACCGAGGCUGACCCCGUCAUUGGUGGCGGAAUGGGCCGCCUGCCACUCUUCGCGAUGGUAUCCCGGCGGCGGCAUCUACCGCAAUGUCUGGCUCACAAAGGUCAACCCAGUCCACGUUGCCCAAUGGGGAACCCACAUCACCUCUCGCGACGUGUCGGAAGAGUCGGCCGUACUCGACCUUAUCGUCACUUUGCAAAGCAAGGCAGACGAUGAUCUCGAAGCCGAGGUCACGGUCGACGUCCACGAGAUCGAGGACGGACAGCUGGGCCAAAAGGUGGCCAGCUUCCCGGCAGAGGUCGUCACCGUCACCGCGGGACAAAAGGAGCCCAACUUGUACGUGGCCGUCACCCAUGUGACCGCCGACGACGAAGAGAUAGACACCUACGAAACUCGUUUCGGUAUUCGAUCCGUCGUCUUCAGCGGCGACGACGGCCUCAUCGUCAACGGGGAACGCAUCCCCAUCCGAGGCGUGAACCAGCACCACGACCUCGGCGCCCUGGGCGCCGCCUUCAACCUCCGCGCGGCGCAAAGGCAGCUCGAGGUCCUGCGCGACCUCGGCAGCAACGCCAUCCGCAUGGCGCACAACCCUCCCGCCACCGAGCUGCUCCAGCUCACCGACGAGAUGGGCUUCCUCGUCAUCGACGAGAUCUUCGACUGCUGGCAGCGCGAGAAGAACCCCUCCGACUUCCACCUCAUCUUUGACGAGUGGCACGAGGCUGACCUGCGCUCCUUUAUGCGUCGUGACCGCAACCACGCUUCGAUCGUCGCCUGGAGUAUCGGAAAUGAGGUCGGAGAGCAGUACACGGAGGGAGAGGGGGCCGCGCUCGCCGACUCGCUCCGCAAGAUUGCCCACGAAGAAGAUGCCACGCGGCCAGCCACCGCGUCCAUGAACUACGCCAAGCCCGAUAUGCCGUUCCCCGACGCGCCCGCCUACGAGCACCUUCAGGGCAUCAAGACGUCGCCGCUGUACCAGGCCUUCCACGAGAAAUUCCCCGACAAGCUCAUCUUUAGCAGCGAGACCGCCGCCGCGCUAAGCACGCGCGGCACCUACCUCUUCCCCGUCAGCAAGGAGGUCAGCGCCCCCGUCGACGACGGUUCCGGAGGUGACCCGGUCGCCGAGCAAGUCAGCGCGUACGAGCUGUACACGGCGCCGUUUGGCUCCUCGGCCGACAAGGUGUUCGCGGCGCAGGACCGCCACCCCUUCGUCGCGGGCGAGUUCGUCUGGUCCGGCUGGGACUAUCUCGGCGAGCCUACCCCGUACUACACGGCCCGCAGCUCCUACUUUGGCAUCAUCGACCUCGCGGGAUUCCCCAAGGAUCGGUAUUUCCUCUACCAGGCGCGCUGGAGGCCUGAUUUGCCCUUUGCCCACAUCCUCCCCCAUUGGACGUGGCCCGAUCGAGAGGGCGAGGUGACCCCCGGCCGGCUCAAGAAGGAGGAGUACACGUAUCGGUUCAGGUGGGAUGACGUCGUGUACCAGCCUGGCGAGUUGCACGUUGUUACGUAUAAGGACGGCGAGGAGUGGGCCGAGGCCACCGUCAACACUGCCGGCGAGGCGGCGGAAUUCGAAGUCACCGUGGACCGGGAUGCCAUCGCCACGGACGGCCUCGAUCUAGCAUUUAUUUCCGUCAAGGUCACCGACGCCGAAGGAAACGUGGUCCCGGAGGCGCGUAACGAAAUCACGUUUAGCGUGUCGGGACCGGGAGAGGUCGUCGCCACGGAUAACGGCGACCCAGCGGACAUGAGGUCGUUCCCUUCGCCGAAGCGUAAUGCGUAUAGCGGCUUGGCACUUGGUAUCAUCAAGGCAACGCCUGGGUCAUCGGGACCCAUCAAGGUCACGGUCACCGCCGAGGGCAUCACCGACGCGGAAAUUACAAUCAACGGGGACUCUUAA